UUCCCUGACACUAAGCGUAAGACAGCAGACGGACAGCGAAAGCGAAGGUCGGCAGCUUGCUUAUCCGGUUGUGCCCAGGUCUCUGUUUUCUGGACGUGAAGUGCGGGAUAGUGUCUUUGAUGUUAAAGGAAAGUGCCGCGUAGAAGGCAACGGGACAGUUCAGGUGACCUUCCGUAAUUCUUGCCUUUUGUUGCUGUGCAGUACCAUUGCAAAUGGCAGCUGUCCCCUCAGCUGGCUGCCUUCUGGCCAAGAACCAGUACUACAGAACACGACUGAAUUCUGACUCCAGUGUUUCUUCAAGCAGUUCCUCUUGCUGUUCUGAACCCAUGAACUUCUCAGACCAGGAUAAAAUCCUCCAUGGGUUACCUGAAGUGUUUGAAAGAUGUUGGUGGAUAAAAAGCUUUUUCCACUGUGAGCCAGUUCCUCAGAAUGUUGGCAGGAAAACCUUAUCAGCCAGCAGUGCUAACAGCUGACUUGGACAGCAAACCAAAGACUCCUACAAUGACAUUACACACAGAGAUUCAUCUCUUGAAAGACUUGGGGUCUUCCAGGUGGCUGCAUUUAGUUGUGUGAAGAAAACCGCCUGAAAUAUCAGGUGUAAGAAAAGUGCAGAUUUCCAAGGAUUUAUCCAUAGCUUAUUCUUGUGGCAAUCAUUAAUUCAACUUUCCAUGUCUGCAGAGUUCUUGAUACAGCACAGGUGUUUUACAUUUCAUAAUGACUCUUGCAUAUCACUGAAAGAAAUGCAAAUGCAAAGUCUUGUUAGCAUGGAGUGUCUGUUAAUUAUCCAACCUUUCUUUUGCAAAAUUGAAAAGCAUUUGCAGACUGUCUGGGGCAAAAUGAUUCAAGUUAUUUUAUCUUCAAACAGUCUUUCUUUCUCAUAGCCUUAAGGUACUUGAUCCAGACAUUUGCAGUUAGUUUCCACUGGUUUCAGUGGGACUUGUCAUGAAUAAUGUGGACCUUCAUUAGGACCUAAAUUCAACUAACUUAGUCUCAAUCCAUCCUGAAGUUUAGAUUUAGAAUGUUAGCUGUGCUUAAAUUGUGCUUAGACUAAAUUUGUUCAAAGAUGUCAAAUGUAGAUAUAAGUUCAGAAGAAAUCUGGUUAAAGCUUCUCCAUUUAUGGAAGACUCCCUUUAAAAAAGAUAUUACAUGGAAGUAGUUUCCACUGAUUUCAUUGGAAUUUACUUCCACUUGGGUGUUAUUAGAAUCUGGUGUUGUUCUUUUGACAUCAGAUGCAUGGAAUGCAAUUUACAUGCAUUUAGAUGAUCUACACCUUGAUAUGGGAAGUAAUGUAAUGACCUGAGCACGAGUACUUGAUUUUUCAUUGACUAUGGUCCUGCUUCUAAAGCAGAAGAGGACAACUGGAAUUCAGGCUUUUUAAAAUUAUUAUUACUAUGUUGAUGGAAGAACGUCCUGCUUUAUAGUAGCUCCACUUUUACUAAAUGUAAAUAAUAUAUGUAAACAGUCUUAUCAGUCAAUGAAAUGUGUGACUGUUACAUGAUGCAGAUUUGAAUAUUAUCUCCAUGCUGUGACUUUUCAUUUGACAUACUUCUAUUUUUCUCAAAGCCUUUAAAAAUGCUAAGAGGAUGACUUAUCUACAUAAAGGUCUGUGGCAUCAUGUCUGUGUGUGCUCAUCAUGCUUGUUUUGUCAUUAUGCUACUUACUGUGCCUGGACAUGGAGGCUUUUAAAAAACAAACAAAUCUGGUGGAAGAAAUAGGAUGACUGCAGGGUAAAUAAAUGUUGAUAAGGAGUAAAGCAGUACACAAAGAAAAAAGGUCUGUUCUAACCUGUGCAUUCUCUUUGUUACAGUUUAUUCAUCUUUGUACAUGUAAAAAUCUUGUAUAGGUCAGAGCAAUUCUUAAUGUACAGAAUUAACUAUUUUUUUACUAAGUUUUGUACUAAUAAAGGUUAGUAAAUAUA